GCCGCUUUGGCUCACCGCAUCUCAGCGGCGCAGGAAAGGUCUGUGCGUCCUUCAUGCGCAUCCCUUCAGCAUAUAUGACCCACUUGGAAUAACAUUUUCUGUUUAAUUAAUCUAGUGACUUUAACCUCAUGAUUGCUUCAUAUGAAGUGCUUCCUCGCGGAGCCGAAAGAAAUGUGAAGCAUCCUAAAAUGAUUUUGCUGAUCCAGUGAAUGCUGAGAUCAUGAUGAGGGAGGGGUCCAGUGGGAUGGAGCAGAGUUUCAUGCAGUCCGCGAUGGCUAUGGGUGCACAGUCCAAGAAAGGCUUCUCCAGGAGCAUCGCCGUGGAAAGAAAAAACCUCAUCACGGUUUGUAGGUUUUCUGUGAAGACACUCCUAGAGAAGUACACAGCAGAGCCUAUUGAUGACUCGUCUGAGGAGUUCAUUAACUUCGCUGCUAUUUUGGAACACAUCCUCAGCCACCGCUUUAAAGGCUCUGGAAGCUGGUUUGAUGGUCAGCGCAGUUUUUGGGAUUUCAUCCGUCUGGCUUGCAGUAAAGUGCCCAAUAACUGCAUAAGCAGCAUCGAGAACAUGGAGAACAUCAACUCCUCGCGAGCAAAGGGCAGAGCAUGGCUACGGGUUGCACUGAUGGAGAAACGGCUGUCUGAAUACAUCGCCACAGCUUUGCGAGACAGCCGCACCACCAGGAGGUUCUUCGAUGAAGGUGCAAUAAUGUUGCGAGAAGAAGCAACUGUUUUGACCGGAAUGCUCAUCGGACUUGGAGCGAUUGACUUCAGUUUCUGUUUGAAAGGGGAGGCUCUCGAUGGGAAGUCUGAGGCUGUUAUUGACUACACUCCAUAUCUGAAAUUCACACAAAGUUAUGAUUAUCUUAGUGACGAUGAGGACGGUCAGAGUGUGGACAGCAGUAACAGUGAUGACAGUGUUGACCAUCCGUACAUCCCUCUGGUCACCGAUGAGGAGAGCUGGAGGAACAAGUGCCGCAAGAUGGAGCAGAGGUUCAAGAUCGUUAAUGCACAAAAGGGGUACCUUGAGGAGCUGGUAAGGCUGCGCGAAUCUCAGCUGAAGAAUGUGGAGAUGGAGAACAAGAAACUAACAGCUGGACUAGAAGAACUGCAGCUGCAGAGCCAGAAAGAGAAGAGAGAACUAGAGAGCAUCAUACUGGAGCUGCAGGAACAGUUGACAAGUCUGAUUCCAGGCGAAUCACAUCCACUCUCUAAAGAUUUGUCAAUCCCUCUUGUUAACCAAUGGCCAUCUCUCCAAAACUACAACAACCAGGAGGACAGGAAACUGUACCACAGGGGUAGUUUCCCCAGCCCGGAGCCACAUAUAAGCCUAAACACAGAUUCUCAGAGGACGGAAAGAAAACAGAAUGGAAAAACCUGGUGCACAGCAGAAAAAGACUACACUCCCUCUAUGUUAGGUCUGUGUGGUUCUCUGUCCUCUUUACCCAGCUGUAAGUCCCUGCCAAGCCUGAGGUCGACAGAGUGCCUGGUGAACAUCAGCGCAGAGCCCAGUCCUGCUCUAACCCCCAGCUAGGGACCACCAAAUGAGACCAGUGCACAAGCAGAGAGAAAACGUACUGUCAGCUAAGACAUCCAAAGAUACUAUGGCUCAGCUACAGCCUGUGUAACUCCUGUUACCCUAAUUCUCACAAAAGUAUCAUUUGCAAGAUGAUAGCGAGACCUCUGUAGUUAUGACGAGAGAUAUUUUCUCACAGAUUUAUCCUGUUAGAGCUUUUCAGAUGAGUGUAUCUCUGAAUGUCUUUGCUGUUCAGUUCAGCAAACUGUGGACUAUGCACUGACUGACUUGAGACCUGAAAACAGUUUUCACUACAACUUCAUGUGUCAAAGCCCAACACAGCUUUCCCACAUUCUGUUGCCCUUUAAAAUCUCUUAUGGGAACAUACAUACUUACAAAACACAUACAAACAAUACCACACAGACACCUACAGCCUGAAAUUAACCAUGAACGAUGUGUGAAAGAAAGAAUAUUAUAGUUACAAAUUAGUAUUUUGACAUUAUCAUCACUUUUUUUAGUUCUCACAUUUCAACCAUCUAAACAUCCCUCCUCUGCCAAACAACUUGCAAGAACUAAGAAGAUGAACAAAAAGAUGUGUAUGUCUUUACAAUCUACUGUACAAUUACAGUGGUAAUAAAAUGAAAGACAUUUCUGGAAAGCUGCCUUAUUCCUCUUUUCUUGCCUCUUAAAGUAAGUCUGAAGAUGGGAUCGCUCUGCACAUGAUGGCAGUAUACUAUUGCUAAAUGACUGACAGUGAUUGAAGUAAACAAAUGGACCAGUAUAUAUCUGCAUACUGUUGUAUUGUACUGUAUGUUUGACAUCUAUUUGGCAUCUGUUGUUGCAUCAUUACAGUAUGUCUCCAAUGUGUGGACCACUGUCGUUUUUUGGUAUAUUAGUGGCAGAUUUGCAUUGAUUUUAAUCGCAUUGGCGUCAUAUAAAACUGAUAAGCUAGAUUUCCCCCCUCCAUUGUCAGUGUAAUUGAAAGUCUGUUUGUUUGAGAAUGUGUGUAUGUGUUGUGUUAGACAGCUGUUCACCCUCGAUUAACAUUAAAUAAAUUCGUUUUUUAUUCAUUGCACAUUAUUUCGUUGGUUAAAAAGCCAUUGGAAACUAUGCUGUUUGUCACUUAAAAUCGCAAUAAAACUGCCUUUUUUG